AUGUCGAUGGAGGACUUUAUGAGACAUAAGCCCUCAAAAUUUGCGGGCAAAUCUUCUCUAGAUGAAGCCGAUGCUUGGCUUAAAGAGUGUGAGAAAAUCUGUCGGGUGAUCGAUUGCACAAAUGCUCAAAGGCUUUCAUUUGUCUCUUUCCUGCUGGUAGCUGACGCAAAGUACUGGUGGACAGGCAUGCAACAGCUUAUGCAGACCCGGGGCGAGGAGGUUACCUGGACUUCAUUCAGGGAGAGAUUUCUGGAAAAAUAUUUUCCAGCCAGUGCCAGACAUGAGAGAGAGGCGAAAUUCCUCACAUUCCAGCAGGGGAACCUGACUGUGCAGGCAUACACAGACAUGUUUGAGUAUUUGGCCAGGUUCUACACGCCUACUGUUAUCGAGGAGUGGAGAUGCCGAAAAUAUGAGGGCGGGCUGAAACACGAGCUGUGCCGCUUUAUUGUAUCUCUCCGGAUCAGGGAGUUCCCAGUCUUGGUGGAGCAGACCAAGGCUGUGGAGCAGCUGGAGAUAGGGCCCAACAAAGGGCCUCGACCUCAGAAGACUACCUCUGAUUCACGGCAACAGAAGAAGCCGUAUGAUAGGACACAAAGUUCGGCUAAGAAACUACAGUGCUACAACUGUGGUGGGGAGCAUUAUCGGAGGGAUUGUCCAAAACCCUAA